GUGACACGAUCGACCAGAGAUUUAAGGGCCCCCGGGCAUUGUACCUCGCUUAAACUAAGUGGCUUGUCUUGGUAUUCUUCAUUGUCGACAAAAAAAACCCGUGGAUUAACAGCCGACCUUGAGUGAGCCUAGGAAGGUGAGCCGAGCCUCCCUGCUAGAAACACUCUGCCGCCCCUGAUGACGGGCCCUCCUUUGGGGCGGUCGCGAAACAGAGGCGCGGCUCGCUGGUCUGAAGCAACAACAGCACUUUUAGUGGGGUCAUCCUCCAGACCCCGCCAGGCGGGGGUGGCACAAUUCUCACUAACAGGACUCAUGAGACCCUUGAUGCAUCCCCGAGCGAAUCCUUUUGCUCUACUGUUUAUCGCGGCAUCGGGCCCUCGGCCCUGGGGAAGCACAUAUCAGACUUUGCUCAAACCGCAUUGGAUUAGCAAUAUAAAGGACAGCAGAAAGUGCGUAUUGAUGAGCAGAUAUUUAGCAAAGCAUCCCCGCUUUCUGCGCCUCUCACCACUGGCCAGAGCGUGGGUCAGUCUGACAACUUGCAAUUGAUGGGAAACGGGUUGGGCUACUAACCUACCCAGCACACACAGAACAGCCGACGAUCGGAUGUAGUAACCGUCGUUUAAGACGGCCCUCACCUGGGUCUUGAGAUUAGACGCCACCUAGCCACCGGCAACGUUAGAGUAUAAGCCAGGAAAUAAGAGAACAUUAGGUAUGUAUCAAAUUGC